UUAACUAUUAACAUGAUUAGUAUAAGUGAGAUUUGGGUACCAAUGUUAUGGAUGGUUGGUUUCAAUACAUUUGUCUCGAUAAUACUGAUUUCAGUGCUAAUGAAAUACCCAAAGUAUUUACUUAUUGGUUUUAACAGGUUUCUUUGUUUAAAGUUUGGAUUGUCAAGAAAGACUUUAUCUUUGGAUUCUACAUUCACAUUCUCUUACAUCGAACGAGGCACACCGCAUCCAAAAACACCCACGAUCCUUUUCGUACAUGGCUUUAGUUCUUCCAAAGAAAGUUUUUUGCAGACAAUAAAUCAUUUACCAAGGACGUACCAUAUUAUCGCAUUUGAUUUACCUGGCCAUGGUGAAACAACGUUAAAGGAAGACGAUAGUUGCGAUAUUAUGCAUUUUGUGAGAUACAUAAAAAAGUUCGCUGAUGCUGUGGGUAUAUCGAAAAGCAAAUUUCAUAUGGUCGGUGUAUCCCUUGGUGGUCAUCUUUCUGGAGUGUAUGCUUCACAGUAUCCAGAGGAUUUAAUAUCACUGUCAUUGUACUGUCCUUCAGGUGUUUCAUUUGAAAAAGGGAUGCAAAUGAAAGAAGAGGCUGAACUCACUGGUACUUUUAUUCUGUUACCGCAAAAUGAAGAAGAAAUCCGCCAAAUGUUUGAUUUUAUUACACACAAAAAGCUAAAAAUACCGGAUGUAUUUAUCUCAGCUACUUUGCAGAUUAGACUUCAGCGGAAUGAUUUCUACAGGAAGUUUUUAGAAACCAUGGCAAAACCAGAAAACUUCCAUUCGUUAGAAGAGAAUUUAGAGAAGAUACAGACACCCUUGCUUUUAGUUUGGGGCAAGGAAGACAAGUGUCUUCAUGUAGAGUGUGUGGAUACGAUAAAAAAGAAACUACCUGUUUCACCCAAAACUGUUAUUAUACUUGACGAAGUUGGACACUGCAUUCAUCUAGAAAGACCGAAAAAAGCUGCAUACAUUUUACUUGAAUUUUUGAAUAGUUUUAAUUAACAUUAGUUUUUCACCUGCUUUUAUAUAGCUUUCAUAUUUCGUAACAGAUGAGGAAUUUUAGAAAUAAGUUUUUUGUCGUACAAUAUACAGUAAAGUACGGCUGUAUUUCUUGCUAUAUGCUACUAGGGUGACCAGCGACUAAUUCCAGGAGAAUCUAGUGGAUUUUAAAGCUAGGUCAAAAAGUUAGAGAAUUUAGUGAAUUUUUUAGUCAGAAUUUUGUUGUAUAAAUCGCAGCUGCAAACUACAGGUUUUGAUCUCUUAGAGAUUAACCCUUUGUUAAACUGUUUAAAGAUUUUUUCCUUAUUUUUUUUCCACGUCGACAAUGUGCUUGAAGGAAUAUUGAAAGCUUUUGCAACAUCCUUUGGAGCAGUUCCUUUUUCAAGCUCUUUGAGGGCACUGUAUUUUAUUUUACAGGACUUGUUAUCGGCUCUACUUCUUUUUGACCCUGCCACAGACGCCAUUGUCAGAUUGCAAUUUUACGUUAGGAAGUCAGGAUAAUUAUCAUUUUAGUCAUGGUAAAAUCGGAGAAAAUAAAAAUGGAAUAUCCUCCCUAUCUACCUCUAUAAGCUAGAUUAAUUAUAUUUUAUAAUUGUUUGUAUGCGCUAUUGAGACACAAUAUUUAAAAGCAAAAGUAUAAAAUUAGGCUUUCAAAUAUGUCAAACGAUUAAAAGAAAAUAUCUCCUCCAACCAUCAACCAAAACAUAGUGAUAUAAAGCAGCAGAUUACGAAGUUUGUUCCUACAAGUAGUUAUGUAUGUCAGUUCCAUACUUCACGUUUAUGAACUUAUUUGAAACUGUAUUUUUAAUUCUUACUAAUCCAGAAAAUUACAGUGGAAUCUCUCUAUGUCGACUACUCUCUAUCUGGAACUUCUCUCUAUCUCGAACUAAAGUCUGGGUCCCUUUGUGGUCCGCCUAAGGUUUCCUUUCUUUAUCUCAAACUUUCUCUAUCUCGAACAAAUUUUUUUGGCCCUUGCGAGUUCGAGAUAGAGAGAUUCAGGACUACCUUUCCGAAGAAAUGAAUGCAUGAAUCAACAGAUAUUUUCAAUCGUUUAUUUCUUUUGGUGGCAGUUAUUAAUAAUUUUUUUUGGAUGUAACACAAUAUAUUCUUUUUGUUUCAAUUUAAUUUUUUUUUUAAUAUCUAAUGUAAAUUACAAUUGCAGUUAAUUUAACAAUAUUCACAACGUAGAGUGUA